AUGUCGCCGUGCACCAUUUCUUCACACUACCCUGUCGCAAUCGUUGGAGGUGGGGUCGCAGGCCUAACAUUGGCACUGGGCCUCGAGGCACAGGGCAUUAUUCACUAUGUUCUUAUCGAGGCUCAUGAUUCCUUGGCUCCGGAUGAAGGCGCUAGCAUUGGUCUAUUGCCGAACGGUCUCCGGAUUUUUGAUCAGCUAGGACUUAUCGAUGAGAUUGAGAAGCACACUUCACCGCUGCAGCGCUGGCGGCAUUUGGAUGGUGAAGGCGAGCUGAUCUCCGAGACAAACGCUCUUGGGUACUAUCCAUCGCAAAUCGGAUACGGCGGUCUCUUCUUGGAACGACGCAAGCUUCUACAGAUUAUGACAAACAAGCUGAAGAACCAUGGAGCCAUUAUUACAUCGACUCGUGUGUCCUCACUGGAGGAGACCACAGAAAAUGUGGCUCUGAAGCUCAGUGGCGGGUCCUAUAUUACAGCUGAUAUUGUCAUUGGAGCAGACGGAGUACGUAGUCGCGUUCGCGAAGAAAUUGACCGGUCCCAGCCAGGUCCUUCUGUUCAUUCAGAUGACUACAUUAAUGUUCGAUUUGCUUGCGUGUAUGGUAUCUCUCCUCCUAUAGAUGGCAUCUCCGAGGGCGAGUGCUUCUCUGUCUACCGACCCGAAGCGGCAAUCCUCAUCUUCACAGGCCAAGCGGGUAUUAUAUUCUGGUUUGUCUUUGAGGACCUAGGCCAGACCUAUGAGCUCUCUAAGUCUCCGAGGUAUACCAAAGCCGAUAUAGAUUCUGUCUGUCAAUCAGUUGCGCAUCUUCGCAUCUCGUCCACCGUUUGCUUUGGCGAUGUGUACACAAGACGAUCAGUGGCCAUGAAAGUAUCAUUGGAAGAGGGCGUGGCGCCAACAUGGCACAGUCACCGCAUGGUUAUUGUAGGCGACGCCGCACACAAGUCAACUCCCAACGCAGCGAUGGGAGCCAACCAAGCCAUCGAGUCAGCCACUGUCUUACUCAAUGAGCUUCAGGGCGUUUGGAAUAAACCUGAAGAAGAAAUCCUAUCCUCGAAUAUCUUUCACGAUGCCUUUGGACGAUAUGCUGAGCGCCGGAAGCCUCGUACUGGCAUGAUCGUGCAAAGGGCAGGUAUUACCUGCAGAGCUCAGCUGGGACACGAUGGCCCUGUAGCCGCCGUGCGCCAGGAGUUGCCCUCCCUGACAGAUGAUGACUGGCUGUUCCGCGGUUUUAUGGGCUUUUCAGACUCUCCGGUGCUGGCUGGAGUGCCACUGUCACCCCGAGGUGAAUUCUUUCACCAAGCAGUAGAGCAGUUCCAGGAACGGUUUCGGGCGCGACAAAAUGGACAGCUAAAGGUGUCGAACUCCGGAUUGUUUGGGAACCAGACACAGGCUUGA